CAACUUCGUUCAAUUGAUAUCUAGUUGUCAAGUUUACACCUCAAUAAUGUUCUUUUCGUAGGAUUUAACUAUGUAUAUACGUUUUAUUUUGCAAUUUUUUUACUAUAUUUAGUCAUUACAAUUAUUUUAAAACAUUUUACACUCUCGGUGACAGCAAGAAAAGUGUGUUGGUCAGAUGUAAAGCAAAUUGGACUGCGGCCUAAAAGGCGCCCAUGUUUGAAAAAUUGCGACUCCAUUAUUGUUGUGUUAUGUGUCUCGUCGCUGUCGGGUUUCCGCUCAUUUACCGCAUAUAAAGCAUAUAAUCGUGUCGCAAUGGGUGUACACGACCUGUGGUCUAUCAUCGAGCCUGUUCGAGAGUCGGUGCCGCUGUACAGUCUGAGCGGAAAGACGCUUGCGGUCGACCUAAGUUUGUGGGUUUGCGAGGCCCAGCAUGUCCAAGCAAUGAUGGGCAGAGUCACGAAGCCCCAUUUGAGGAAUCUAUUUUUCCGGGUGUCGUCUCUCGUUCUUAUGGGGGUCAAACUGGUGUUCGUAAUGGAAGGAGAGGCUCCGAAACUGAAAGCAGAGACCAUGAGCCAGAGGACUGCAAACCGAUUUGGAGGUCCCCCAAAAGUCUCUAAGUCCUCCACUAACACCAGCAGAGGGCGCUUUAAUGCAGUGUUAAGAGAGUGUGCAGAGAUGCUUGACUGCCUGGGAGUGCCGUGGGUGGUUGCUGCAGGGGAGGCUGAGGCCAUGUGCGCACACCUGGACUCACACAGCCUUGUGGAUGGUUGCAUCACCAAUGAUGGAGAUGUGUUCUUGUACGGGGCACGGACCGUCUACAGAAACUUCAAUAUGAACUCCAAAGACCCCCAGGUGGACUGCUACAAGACCUCCCGUGUCCAAACGGAGUUGCGUCUCUCCAGAGAGAAUCUUGUUGGUCUGGCAAUCCUCCUCGGAUGUGAUUACAUUCCCAAGGGAAUCCCCAGUGUCGGUAAGGAACAAGCUCUCAAGCUGAUUCAGACCAUUAAAGGACAGACUCUCUUGCAGCGGUUCAUGCGGUGGAAGGACGAGGCGGCGUGCGUGUCUCAGGGAGUCGUGAAGAAGCUUCCCCACUGCCACAUAUGUCGACAUCCCGCCAAAGCCCACGAACGCAGCGGCUGUGUGCUUUGUGACAGUCAACGAUUCUGCCAACCUCAAGAUUUUGACUACCAGUGUCCCUGUGACUGGCAUCGCUCAGAACGGACCCGCCAGGCCCGGUCCAUCGAGGCAAAUAUCAAAAAGAAAACACUGGCGAGUCAGCAGUUCCCGUUUACAGAGAUUAUCAACGAGUUUCUGCUAUGCAAGGAAAAACCUGUCGGAAACUUCAAAAGCAGGCAGCCAAAUAUGCUGUCAAUGCAGAAAUUUGCUCUUGACAAGAUGGAGUGGCCAAAGCACUACACCAGUGAAAAGGUUUUAGUUCUGAUGACCUACACAGAGCUGAUGAACAGAAAGUGUGGCAGAAUUAUGUCAUCGCAAAUCAAGCCCAUCCGGAUAUCGAAACAGCGCGUGAGGAAUUCAGUUUCUUGCUUCGAAGUCAUCUGGAGCACACCAGAUCAUUACGUGUUUCCAGAGGAUCAGCCCGCCAAGGAUCAGCACGAGGUGAGGUCGGUGGAGGAGGCGAGCCUCUUCCGUGUGGCCUUCCCAGAGGUGGUGGAGAGCUACCUGAAUGAAAAAGCUUUGGCUGAAGAGAAAAAGACUAAAAAGAGGAACCCAAAGAGUAAAAAGGAAAAGACGCCUGAUGAAGCCGAUGAGGUUUUGGACCUCCUAGCGCAGAUGACACUUCAGAGCUCCCCUCCAGAAAAGGCAAAGACCCAAAGGCUGCCUUCCGUUCUUCCAAACAUGCAGGAAGUGGUGCUUCUGGACACACCAGUGAGCCACAAACAUCAGGGACUCACAGAAAUUUGUCCCGGUACGCCUCUUUCUCAGGCAGAUUCCUCACCGUCCGUCUCCGCCGCUAUCGACACACUCCACCUGAGUGACAUCGACUGGGACGCUUUGUCCUUCACUGCCACCCCGCCGCCUCAAACGGUUCCAAAGGCCCCACCACAGAGCACCGCGGAGCCCAUUGGGGACGACGUCAAGGACGUGGUGGAAGCUGAGCUGAAAACUUCUACAACUCAACAUUCCGAUGCUGGUCCAGAGCACUGUUUCACUGAAUGUCCUCUACGGGACAGGCUGCUUAUGAGAAACACAAGCACAGCAACGGAAGCACACAACAAUAAGGUCCCCAAACAACUAAGCUACCUUGUACCAAUUUUAAAACCCAUUGCAGACACUCGUAAAGAAAGCGAUUGUAUCAAAAUAUCAGGGGAAGCAACCCCAGCAGUGCAAAGCCAGACAAAGACGGACAAAAGGCCUCCUCACAAGUACAAAUUUGUCAGAGCUGCAGCUGCAAAACUGCAGAGGUGCCACUCAGAGCCAUGCCAGGCAGACAAAGACAGAAAGGCGACCGUCAAGAAGACCGUGUGCAUGAGCGUGUGUUCAUCCAGCGAGGACAGUGACGCGGAGAACCAGCAGAUCAGAGCUCGCGGAACCACCAAGAGCAAGCACACGUACAAGCCCAAAGGACGGAUCCCGUCAGAUCUCCCUCCGAAGCUUGUUUGUGGACCACUUAAAACCACCUCUGAGAAUGUCCAAUCCUUGAUGCCCAAAUGUGUGGAGAAUGGAGAUAAUGUCACAAACCUUCAAAGCAAAACCAAGGUAGAAACCCACGUUGAUGUCGUGGUCCUUCCCACUCCGGCGUCCCCCAGCAUCGUGUUAGAUAGCGACGAUUCAGUCGUUUGCGGGGACAGCCCUUUGCCGCUGGCAGAGAGACUCAAGCUCAAGUUCUUCAAGUGAGAAGCAGGACCAAAAAGAUUUCAAAUGCCACACAAAUUCAUCAUGACGAGGCGAGGUACUCUAUCUCUAAUGUCAACAAUUUACAAGCACACUCACCGUACACAACAUUAGGCACGCUGCAAAAAGAAAUCUGCUUUUAAAAACAAAGGCACACUAUCUGCAAGUCCAAAAGAAGCAUCCAUAUUUGGAACACAACCAUAUUGUACAUUCGUACUUCCAUCCAUUUUUACAGCGCACAUAUGCAGUAGACAAACCAUUCCUCUUAUUCACUCCAAAUGACAAUUUAGUCUCGAACCCCAACCUCAGAACUGCGAGGCAGAUGUCCUAACCACAAAUCUACCGUAAUGCCGCCCGUUCAUACGUAAUUCAAAAUAAUAAUAAUCAAAGCUGCGAACCAGCACUGUGAUCCUAGUGGUCGCUAUAGCUGCCUCGCAAUAAUUGUGAGGUUUGGGGUUCAGCUCUCGACUCACAGUAAUUUGCCACAAUUUUUCAAAUAUAUAUACUGUACAGUAUUUUUAUAUCAUAAGCCCUCACACGCUCCCCGAGAGGACUGCGAGCUGUUUGUUUUACAGCCCUCUGCUGUUGGUCCCCUUGAUCACAAAGUGAGGCCUUGCACACCUUUUCAGACAUGAAAGGUCUGGCAUGAGUUUGGUGACAGCUGCAUCCUCUUGCCCAAAUAACAACUCCUCACCGGCCUUUGUCCCCCAUAAACUGUUAUUUUGAAAUAUUCGCUGUCAUAAUAAAAGCUUAAAACACACAGAAUGCUUGGAGAAAUGGGGAGUUUGCUAGUGGUGGUCGUAAAUGAACACUCAAAACACAUGAGGGUUAGAUGAAUUUAACAAUAUUGGUCAUAAAUAUUUAGUGGUAUAAUUAUAGUUUUCCGUAUGGUUGUCUAUAUAUGAAGCAUUCAUGAAAUAAAUAUAAGUAGGUAAAUAUUAUUUGCUGAAUUAUUAUUAGCAUAGGUCAAAUUCCAAUUGUUGUUUUGCAUCUAUUUGUGUUAAAUGCUUGCUCAGCUUUAUGCGAGCAGCAUUUAAAAUGAUAAUUUAAUUCCCAUUUUAAAAUGGAUUUCAUUUUGAAUUUUAUUUUUUUAUAGAGCAGCAUUCUUAUUAUUUUCACUUCACAAUUGAUUCAAAUUCAUUUCGUCAUAUUUUUAUAAUUUGAUUUGUACUUGAUAUAGUGGACCCUUUUUAGACAGUGAAAUGUAUUUUCUGGCAUUAUGGUUGUCCAGCUUCAUAUAGUGCAGCAUCUGAAAUAAUUAAAUAGGAGCAAUGCAAUUGUAUUAUUUUCACAUUGCAAAUAAUUCAUUGACAAUUUUUAUUCUCAUUUUAUCUAUUCACUUUUGACCUUAUUUCCUCAUUGUGCGAUUUCCAGGCAGCACAUUUUUUUUUCCACUUUUUUAAAAUUUUAUUUUGACGUUAUUGUGGUUAGCGUUCUUAAAACAAAUGAAACGCUUCACUUAUUUCUAUUGCUUUUUCCCAUUUUUCUUUCAUUUCCCCUCAUUUCAAAGGUGGCAAAAACAUAGCUUUUUCCGUGCUAUAAUGGACGAUUUUGCCAGCCUGCAAAUGUUUUUGGGAGUCCUGCGUGGGCCUGCCCUUCAUUAGGCAGAUCACAUCAAACUGAUAAUUGUCGCCGUGCAGACUUUAAAGGCCCAUCACCCGCAAAGGGAAUCUAAUGAUUUGUCUUUCGGUCACAUUAUCCGCCUAUUUAACCUUAUUCGCACCUCGGUGAGAACGAACGACGUCCUUCGCGAAGGUCGCAUUUUGCCACUUGUGCUUCGCUUUGAACUCGUUUUUUUUUUUUUCUUCUUCUUCUCCUUC